UGAGCGCAGGGAGGGAGAGAGGGAGUGAGUGAGAGGGAGAAAGAGAGAGAGAGAGAGCGAACAGGGAGAAAGGCUGCAGCGCAGAAGACUACAUGAGCGUGUAGCUCGCUCAAAUGCUUUCGCCUUCUCAAAUCAACAAAGAAAAGAAGCAGCUGAAUAUCUCGGCGAGUGGAUGGCAAUAGUCUCCGAGCGGUUCGUCAGCAGACUGGGAGAAGGAGGAAUCCCGAACGCCUCUCCCACUCAACGCAUACGGGAAAACGAAUAGUACAAGACAAACCCUUCUGAAGACCAUCACAUUUGGGAUAUUUUCCUCUAGCUAUAUUAGGUUAUUGCCGAUAUUUUGCCUGCUGGACUCGUUCCUCUACUCAGCGCUAUUCCAGACGUAGGGAAUCCGAUUGUUUACGUAUGCUUUCCCAUUACGAGUAAAGACGGACCGUAAACAAACACAGGAGCCUCUGGUUUUGCAUAUCGCGUUUUUGCAUCCUAUUUGAUUGUUCCGCUCAAAUGAGAGAAUCAGGUUGAUUCGCGUAGUGGUUUGAGGGAUUUAAUCAUCACAGCAUCCAUCUAUAUGUGCUUGUAUACUGAUGACGUGAUGACAUCUAUGGGUAUAGCGACCCCCUGAAUCAAAACCUAAAACCGUCUGUUCCUGCAAAGAAGCCAGCUGCAUCUCACUUGAGCGUCAUCAUGGUGGUUUUUAAUGGAGUGUUGAAGAUCAAAGUUUGUGAGGCACUGGACCUGAAGCCCACUCCAUGGUCGCUCCGGCAUGCAGUUGGACCAAAGACCCAGACCUUCCUACUGGACACGUACAUUGCCCUCAACGUAGACGAUUCACGUGUGGGCCAAACUUCUACCAAGCAAAAGACUAAUAGUCCAGCUUGGAAUGACGAGUUUGUAACGGAGGUUUAUGAUGGGAAGAAAAUUGAACUGUCCGUCUUUCACGACGCACCAAUUGGCUAUGAUGACUUUGUGGCCAACUGCACUAUACAGUUUGAGGACCUGCUGCAGAAUGGCAGUAGGCACUUUGAAGAUUGGAUCGACUUGGAGCCUGAGGGGAAAGUGUACGUCAUCAUUGAUCUGUCGGGAUCCUCCAGUGAAGCUGCGUCAUCCAAUGAAAAUGAGGAGAGAGUGUUCCGUGAGCGGAUGCGUCCACGAAAACGUCAGGGGGCGGUUCGGAGGCGUGUCCAUCAGGUUAACGGCCACAAGUUUAUGGCCACCUACCUGAGACAGCCCACCUACUGCUCCCACUGCAGAGAUUUCAUCUGGGGUGUGUUGGGGAAACAGGGGUAUCAGUGCCAGGUGUGUACCUGCGUGGUCCAUAAGAGAUGCCAUGAGCUCAUCAUAACAAAAUGCGCUGGCUUGAAGAAACAGGAAGACACUCCUGAAGAGGUUGGCUCCCAGCGCUUCAGUGUAAACAUUCCACACAUGUUCAGCAUUCACAAUUACAAAGUCCCCACCUUCUGUGACCACUGCGGCUCCUUACUUUGGGGACUGAUGCGGCAAGGCCUGCAGUGCAAAGCCUGUAAAAUGAAUGUCCAUCGGCGUUGUGAAAGUAAUGUAGCUCCUAGCUGUGGUGUCGAUGCCAGAAAAAUUGCUAAAGUGCUUGCUGAUCUUGGGGUGACACCAGACAAAAUCUCCAACAGUACCCAACGCAGGAAAAAGUUGACUCCAGGGCAGGACCCUCAGCAAUCCACGACAGAAGCCCCUUCAUCAGAGGAGUCUGACCGAUGCAAAUCAGCUCCAACUUCACCCUGCGACCAGGCCGAGCUUGCAGAACUGGAGAGUAUCCGCAAGGCCCUGUCAUUUGGCCAGGAGCACAAGUCUUCCUCCUCUUCCUCGUGCAGCGCCGUUCAGAGCACAGCGACCGAGAGCCGGGAGAAUGGAGACGUGAAUACCGUACAGACGAAGAGAAUGAGUCUCACGGACUUCUCAUUCAUCAAAGUGCUGGGCAAAGGCAGCUUCGGCAAGGUGAUGCUGGCUGAGCUGAAAGGCUCAGAUGAAGUUUACGCUGUGAAAGUUUUGAAAAAAGACGUCAUCCUUCAAGAUGAUGAUGUGGACUGCACUUUGACAGAGAAACGCAUUCUGGCCCUGGCUAGAAAACAUCCCUAUCUGACUCAGCUUUUCUGCUGCUUCCAGACGAAGGAUCGGUUGUUCUUUGUUAUGGAGUAUGUAAACGGAGGAGACCUGAUGUUUCAGAUCCAGCGCUCACGAAAGUUUGAUGAAGCUCGUUCCCGUUUCUAUGCAGCUGAGGUCACAUCAGCACUUAUGUUCCUGCACCAACAUGGCGUCAUCUACAGAGAUCUGAAGCUGGAUAACAUUCUUUUGGACGCUGAAGGCCACUGUAAACUGGCUGACUUUGGCAUGUGCAAAGAGGGCAUUCUGAACGGGGUCACGACCACCACCUUCUGCGGGACCCCUGACUACAUCGCACCUGAGAUCCUCCAGGAGUUGGAGUACGGCCCAUCGGUGGAUUGGUGGGCUCUGGGUGUCCUCAUGUACGAAAUGAUGGCCGGUCAGCCUCCGUUUGAAGCUGACAAUGAGGACGACCUUUUUGAGUCCAUCCUCCACGAUGACGUGCUUUACCCCGUGUGGCUCAGUAAAGAAGCCGUCAGCAUUCUGAAAUCUUUCAUGACAAAGAACCCGGGUAAGCGCCUGGGCUGUGUGGUGACCCAGGGGCUGGAGGAAGCCAUCAAAGUCCAUCCCUUCUUCAGAGAGAUCGACUGGGUCCUGCUGGAGCAGAGGAGGGUCAAACCCCCCUUUAAACCUCGCAUUAAAACCAAGCGCGAUGUCAAUAACUUCGACCAGGACUUCACUCGCGAGGACCCAGUGCUCACGCCAGUUGACGAUGCAAUCAUCAAACAAAUCAACCAGGAUGAAUUCAAGGGCUUCUCCUACUUCGGAGAGGAAGCUUUGUCUUAAAGCCCAACUUGACAUCUGUCAGCUUAAAUAGAAGUUAAACACACCCACAAACACUCAAAAACCCACAUCGCAUCGCAAUACAUGAACACACAAUCCACAGAUGCGCUGAAGAUGGGGCUCAUACCAGACCAGAGCAGAACGGCCAGUCCCUGUGGUUCACUUCCCCUUUACUGCUGUUUUUGCUCUUUUAUUCUUCUCUAUAUCUCCAAAAAAGAAAAAAAGUACUGCAUAUGGAUCUCAUCCCAGGCCUCAACGAGUUUGACAACCAAUCAGAAAACGAAUGUUCUCCAGAGCCCAAGAAGGAAGGGUUGGAACGCACUACCUUAAACCAAAAUUGACCAUACCAAUGAUUGUACUACCAUUUCGGACACUGGUUGGGUUUUGGUAAUCCCCUGAU